CGGCCUGUUCGCUCUUCGCAUUUCAUUUGACCGUUGUCGGUUAUAAGGCACAAGCCGGUCGGCAUGUCGAAUCAGUUCUGUGCUGGCCUUGCCCUUGUCGCGCCGUGAGUUGGGUUCGUUUUUCGUCUUGCUGACAAGGUAGAUAAACUCGCAGUUAGUCCACUGAGAUCGCUUCCUGCUGGUGUGUCUGAGAGUCCCUUGACGAUCUGGUUUCUCAGGAGAUGACCGAGCAGCUGUACCGUGGCGGUCUGCUGUGCUGGGCUGUGCAGCUGCUCAGGACGUUGCUUGUCCGCAUCAUGUCUCACUUUCAAGCUGAGCUUCAAACUAGCUAUACAAGCCAUAGCCUGCAGAUUGUGCCUAAAUAUGUGCCCAUACCACGCGCCAAGGGUCUGCCCAUUGUGGGUACUCUCCUUGAUUUGAUAGUAGCUGGCGGUGCACCGCAGUUACACAAAUAUGUGGACGCACGACAUCGCCAGUACGGGGCCAUUUAUCGGGAAAGAUUGGGCGGCACACAGGAUUGUGUGUUCGUGUCGUCGGCAAAUCUAAUGCGCAGCCUCUUUUUGCAAGAGGGUCACUUUCCGAAGCAUCCGCUACCGGAUGCCUGGACAUUCUACAACAAGCGACAUGCCUGCCAACGUGGACUCUUCUUUAUGGAGGGCGCUGAGUGGCUGCACAACAGGCGUAUUCUUAAUCGGCUGCUGUUAAAUGGUAAUUUGAAUUGGAUGGACGUGCAUAUUGAGAGCUGUACGCGCCACUUGGUGGACAGUUGGCAAGCGCACACAGAGGAGGCAAACAAAAUCGGAAAGCACUACGAGCUGCCGGAUCUCGAAAAACAAUUGUAUCGUUGGUCCAUCGAAGUGCUCUGCAGCAUCAUGUUCGGCUCUAAGGUUUUGACCUGCCCCAAAAUGCAGUCCGCUCUGAAUGAAUUUACACAGAUCGUUCACAAAGUUUUCGAGCAUAGCUCGCGACUGAUGAACUUUCCGCCUAGGCUUGCGCAGCUACUGCACCUGCGCAUCUGGAGCGACUUCGAGAGCAAUGUGGGCGAAGUGCUACAACAGGGCGCUGCAAUCAUUGAGCUCUGCAUUAGCUUGCAGCGGGGACAGCCGCAGUCGGAGCAGGAUGAGGCCUUAUACCACAAGCUGCGGGCUGCGGCGGUGCCCAGCGAAAUGAUCAGGCGCAUUUUUGUGGAUCUGGUCAUAGCAGCAGGUGACACGACCGCCUUCAGCAGUCAGUGGGCUUUGUAUCUCCUGUCGCUCAAUCAGCUGCUACAACGACGUAUCGCCCAUGAGCGUGCUGCGGCUGAAUCUCAGCUUCUACAUGGCUUGAUUAAGGAAACGCUGCGCCUGUAUCCAGUUGCUCCAUUUAUCGGCCGCUACUUGCCGCAAGAUGCACAGAUUGGCGGCCAUUUUAUAGAGAAAGAUACCCUUGUGUUGAUCUCUCUCUACACUUCCGGCCGAGAUCCAUCGCAUUUUGAGCAACCUCUGAAAGUUCUGCCCGAACGCUGGUUACUCGGGCAUUCAGAUCGGGUGCAUCAGUCUCAUGGCAGCCUGCCCUUCGCCAUUGGUCAGCGGUCCUGUAUCGGGCGACGUGUGGCCAUGAAGCAGCUGCACGCGCUACUGGGAAAAUGCGCUUCCCAGUUUAAAAUGCAGUGUCUCAACGAAAAGCCUGUGGAUUGCAUGCUGCGCAUGGUCACUGUGCCCAAUCAGAUCUUGCGCCUGGCACUAACGCUCAAAUUUGAAAAGGGCAAAACAGCACCAGUAUAGUUUCACAUGGGCCAUAUUCAUAUCGUUCGGGAUAUAUAAAACACUACCAUAAUUCCAAUAAAUAUGUAUGGCAGUCAGAGCUAUCUAACUGAGUUACAGCCCAAACGUAGUUA